GAUGAAGGAAAUCGUAUGCGCAAACACAUCCAAAUUCUCCGUGAUUCGUGAAGCAUAUUUUAAAGGGAAGGUUCAAUUCAUUCCUAGUGAAUGAACACGUAUAGAUCAUUACAUGUGGGAUGAAACUAUUGGAGUAAAAAUUCCCAUGCGACCGGUGACCUAUGCCAGCUGUGAAUUUUAGAGGCUGCGCAGUGCAAAUCAAUUAAUUGUGAUAUCGUACCACGACGUGGACGUAGACGACAGACGCGCUAGUUCAGCCGCAGUCCAAUUGUCAACGUUUGACGUCGACUAAAACGACAUGGAUAUCUCUUCAAUCCUUCAGGGUGGAUACCAGCACCCCCUGUCGCGCUCAUGGCAGGGUCGCAGGCAGCUCACAAAGUCCAUGUUUAUGUAUCCCAUCUUCAUCACCGAUGAUCCAGAUGCCAGCGUCGUUAUAUCUUCACUGCCCGGUCAACGCCGCUGGGGUGUCAACCAGCUCGAAUCCUUCCUCGGCCCGUUGGUGAAGAAAGGACUGAAAAGCGUCAUCCUCUUUGGUGUGCCUUUGAAUUGUGAAAAGGAUGGCCGUGGCACCCCAGCAGACGAUCCAUCUGGACCCGUCAUCCAAGCUAUCAAAAAGAUCAGACUCUUAUUUCCAUCAUUGUACAUCGCCUGUGAUGUCUGUCUGUGCGAGUACACCUCACAUGGGCACUGCGGUCUUCUCCAUGCUGACGGCACCAUCAACACCAAGCCAUCCGUCCUACGUCUCGCAGGAGUGUCCGUCAGCUACGCCAAGGCCGGCGCCCAUUGCGUAGCUCCCAGCGAUAUGAUGGAUGGACGCAUCAAGGCCAUCAAGCAGGCACUCAUUGAUGCUGACUUAGCCAGCAAAUGCACCCUUAUGAGCUAUUCAGCCAAGUUCGCGAGCGCACUGUACGGCCCCUUUCGCGAUGCUGCCGGAAGCGCGCCAUCCUUCGGGGACCGCAAAUGCUACCAACUCCCUCCUACUGCCAAGGGACUCGCACGGCGUGCAAUACAACGAGAUAUGGCGGAAGGCGCAGACAUCAUCAUGGUAAAACCCGCGCUUCCGUAUCUCGACAUCAUCUCGGAUGCUGCACAGCUCGCACCGGACCAUCCCCUUGCUUGCUAUCAAGUCAGCGGCGAAUUUGCGAUGGUUCAUGCUGGUGCUGCUGCGGGCGUCUACGAUCUCAAAACCAUGGCAUUCGAGACCACGGAGAGUAUGGUCCGGGCAGGUGCUACCCUGAUCCUAUCUUACUUCACGCCGGACUUCUUGGACUGGUUGGAGGUGUAAAAAUGAUGAUCAAUACUGCAAAACGCUUUAAGAGAUCGAAGGAACUAAAAUGCAUUUUUUAUUCGAUUAACUGUAAUGCUGACUCACUGUAGGUGGAAUAUAUAUCUUGUCAGCUGCUC